AUGUGGAAGUCACUUUUCCUCGUCGCCAUCUCUGGCGCCCAGGUCUCUCGUGUCUCGUCGAAGGCCAUUGCCGAUGGUUAUACCCAAAUGGGGCAGCCAUUCCGCUUCAGCAAGAGCUUUGUGGCGGCCGCACCCGCAUUUGAGGAGUCUAGCUCGGAAGCAUGGUGGCCAGCCACUGGAAAACCCCCUCUGCGGAAAGCCCAGAGAACGCAUUUGGACGAGACCUUUGAUGUGGCACUGCACACCGAAACUUCUUUUCCCAGCCCGUUCGAGCAACCUGAGAAAUGUGUUGCCUUCUCCAGCCUCUCGCACUCCUGGGUUUGUGAUCCCGAUCACUUGCUCUCACCAGAGGAGCAAGCAUUCGUUGAGGCACGCCUCCUGAAGCUGCGCGACACCGCCCAGAGCACGUGCAACGACUCCCAGAACUAUUACCAGGCUGCCGUUGCCGUCGCCUCAGAUAUUGCGGUGAACGCCGAUGAGACCCCACAACAGGCCACCGACCGUUUUGCUGAAGCACUGUUGAGGCGAUGGGGUGUAGGCAAUAAGGGCUGUCACGAUGGCAUUGUUUUGGCCUUCGUCAAGAACCUCAAGACCGUCAGCCUCGCCACUCGCGAAAAUGUGGAUACCCGUGUUGCAAGCGCACUGUUCAAAACACACAUCCAGCGCUCGAUGAAUCACGUGUUCCUGUCGACUGGUUCUCCAGCUGCAGCUGUAGCAACGGGAGUAGAACUUGUGAACCGUCACUUACCCCGCGCUCCCAUUGGCCUGAGUUGGAGUGCUACCAUCCUCCUCACGUUGGGUGGCGUUUACCUUGCUUCUGUUCUUGGAAUCUACUAUUCAUUGAACACAUUCAUGAUGAAGAGCUACACUGUCGAACAGUAA